GAAAGUGAGAGAGAGAGUGAACAGCAUAAUCACUGUGUUCAAAAAGGGAACAUCCAUGAGCAUACUAUCAGGCUGGCAUUAUAGUAAUACAGCAGCUUCUGCUGCUCCCGUCCGCAAUUUCUUGACCUCUCAUACAUUUUUUGCAAAUAAUCCCCUCCCAGGAGCAGCAGUGGCAUAUGAAGAAAAAUCAAUUUUAGGAAAAUUUGCAGAACAAUCUGAGGAAUCGAUUGAAAAUGUGAAAAUCGAUCUAAUUGCGGCUGAGUGCUGGUGUAUUUAGUAAUGGACGCGUCUAAAUUCAGGCGCUUGCGAAUGUUGUGUUUGAAAACGAUGGUAUUAUGGGGUUUGUACAGUGAGAAGUGAUAUUCAACCAUCUUCGGGGCUGGACUGAACGAUUUUAAAGCCAUCCAAUUGAACAGAUUGGGAGCAUAAUUUUCGAAAAUCAGAUUUAAUUAUUUUGAACAGCUCCAGCUAACUAUCCUCAAAGAAGAAAGAAGUGAAUAAAAUAGAUAUAACAAGGCUUCUUGUGAAAAUCCUAGGAAAACGAUGGUCACUAAGAAGACAGCUGACAUAGAGAAAGAAAGGCUAACGAAGAAAAUGUGUUCAAAUAGCAGCUUGAGCGGGUCAGGAUCGGCCGGUGGUACAGCAGCAAUGGUGUGUUUUAGUGCUGGAACGACACACCACGCUGCUCACAACCAAAAUGCACCAAAUAUACUGGUUUAUAAGAAGAUGGAAGCCAUUAUCGAAAAGAUGCAGGCAGAAGGGUCGGGAGUGUCAGUUCGCACGGUUAAAGCUUUCAUGAGCAAAGUACCGUCUGUGUUCACUGGUGCAGAUUUGGUGACAUGGAUAACGCAAAAUCUUGCUGUGGAUGAUGUGACCGAAGCUCUCCAUUUAGCUCAUCUGCUGUCAUCCCAUGGCUAUUUAUUUCCUAUUGAUGAUCAUCAGCUUACUGUGAAAAACGAUGGCACAUUCUAUCGUUUUCAAACGCCCUAUUUCUGGCCUUCCAACUUUUGGGAACCUGAAAACACGGACUAUGCUAUUUAUCUUUGCAAACGAACAAUGCAGAACAAAACACGCCUUGAGCUGGCAGAUUAUGAAGCUGAGAAUUUAGCCAAACUUCAAAAGAUGUUCUCCCGAAAGUGGGAGUUUAUCUUCAUGCAAGCCGAGGCUCAGAGCAAAGUGGACAAAAAGCGUGACAAACUGGAACGUAAAGUCCUCGAUUCACAGGAACGCGCCUUCUGGGAUGUACAUCGUCCAAUGCCUGGUUGUGUAAAUACCACGGAGAUGGAUAUUAAGAAAGCCUACCGACGGGGUGCUUCUAGCCUUGGGUCAGGUUCGGCUAAUAUGGCAUACAACAGCAACCCAACCGAAACUAUGACCAAGACAAUCAAUCUAUUGAAGCAAAGAUUAGACCGACGAACCAUCAAGGUGUCCAAAGGAGCCGAGUCGUAUAUUUCAUACUAUGAACAGUACAGCGAGUUUGACUAUUUUCUAACGGCUCCGGACUAUCCCAAUCCUUGGCAAUCAGAUAGCACGGAACUGUGGGAUACUGAAAAACAAGGCAAAGACAUCCCAAUGAAACGUGUCAAACGAUGGGGUUUCAGCCUCAGCGAACUUUUAAAUGAUCCAAUAGGACGAGAGCAGUUCACAAAGUUCCUCGACAAGGAGUUUAGCGGCGAGAAUUUAAAAUUUUGGGAAGCCAUUCAAGAUAUGAAGGCUUUGCCUCAGUCACAAAUCAAAGAUGCUGCCAACGCUAUCUGGAAUGAAUACUUGGCCCCAGAUGCCGCUUGUCCGGUGAACAUUGACUCCAAGUCAUUGGAGAUUGCUCGCGUGGCGAUCAAGGAGGGAACCACCAGUCCGAGUCGUUGGUGUUUCGAUGUGGCCGCUGACCAUGUAUUUUAUCUGAUGAAGAGUGAUUCCUACUCGCGCUAUCUGCGCUCCGACAUGUACAAGGAAUAUUUGAAUGGCUCCAAAAAGAAGACAUCGGUUCGAGGACUCCGAAUAUUCUCUGGCAGAAAAGACACACCUGUGAUAAACUAAAUGAAUAAAUGAACGAAAAUUAUACAUAAACUAAAAUGCGCGUAUCUUAAAAAGCACAACUAACUACCAAAGGUAUGUUGAAACAAUAAAGUAACCAAACUGUAUCAUGAGCGAAACAAAUAUGUAUCCUCACUGAUUGUUCUAGAACAGAAGGAAGUAACUAGUUUAUGUGUAUAGAAGAGUAUUUCAAACUUAUAUAAACGGUUGACUAUCACUAUAGAGAAAAUAGUGAAGAAAAUACUCAUAGCAUGUCAGAUUGUGAAACUCGUAACCACAAGAGUAAGAUCUAGCACACUAAUGCAGAAAGAAUUAGAUAUAUUCAAAACAGUGCAUCCGCGGUAACCCACCGUUACUCGAACAUAUAGUGAGAUUUUAAUGUUUGGAUAACAUUUUAGUGACAAAUUUUUUAACAAAGAGAUAUUAACAAAAACACAUUUUCGCCUCGAUUACGCUUUCUAAUUGCCGUCUUUUUCUUCCAUGUUCACCACGGAAGCAAUGCUUCAAAUCAAAGAGUUACAAUUUUGUUCUCACGAAGAAAACUGUAAGCCAUACCCAAUAACGGACUAUCCGGUCGAUACCCUCUUACUAAACUAAAUGAAAGUAAUAUUGAAACUCUCGCAGUUAACUUCCAACUAUAGAAACGGUUAAACCUGUAUAUUAAUCAUGAAAAAAAUGAGAUCGCUAAUAAUUUCACAAGAUUUUUAAAUGUUGUUGGCAGAACUUGGAUAAUCUAUUCGAAGCACUUUCCUACCGUACUUUACUUUCGUAUAAACUUGUUACAUUAUAAGAACGUCAUUCAAGUUCCACAAAUAAUGCAUUAAAUCAAAAUCUAGUCAGAAAUGAAUAUAACGUCCUGUUUUUAUAAUUUUUCUCUAGAACACUAGCCACGCGCUAUAGCAGACGUAAAGUCGUGUAAUUUUUGAGUGAGUUGAAUAUAUGUGCAAACAAGAGGAGAAGCAGAUACAAAAAAUUAAACCAAUAUUCCAUUUUGUUGGAAGUAUUGUAAACCAAAGCCCCUAAUCCUCCUUUUUUGCAACUAUUCUCGGUUGUAAUAGCUCUUAUCCUAAUCACAUCACUCACCACAGUGAAUCCUGAUUUUUACCUCCCUACUAAAAACAAGGAAGGGUCCUUGAUAAUCGCUAGGGACCCACGCUGUAGCAGCGACUCUUGUGGCCUUCGGGUGGCGAAUAUUAUACUAACAUUCCUUCCCUUCCCCUAGUGACUGUGAGAAAGUGAUCGGUGUCGGUUCUUUGUGCAAUAUGGCUGGUUCAGGUCAAUCACGAAGAGCAACUACGAAGUGUACAGUCUACCCAAGCUCAAGCUCUAAUCUGAUAGUGAUUACAAAAAAAGUCGCCACCAGACGUCGACACUGUACCACUGUCAUCGCGAAUGUCCAAUUACAGGUCACAAUCGCCUCUAAUCUCUGUAGCUGUAACAUUACAGUAGUCGUUCGAAAACUGGACCUGCUUUAACUGGACUGCUUUUUGGGUAAAAGUUAAUUUGAAAAUGUAUAGAUAAUUGACGUCUUAUCCAAUGUGAAAUUUUGCUUCCAGGGGAAUGCAAUUUGAGAUGUAAUUAUUUUCGCACGACAAAAACAUUGAUUAAAUUACAGAAAAAAUAUUUGCCAAAUUAUAUUUAAUACCUGGACGGUGUGUUUUUCAGCAACAAGUUUUGGGUUGGAUGUAGGAUUCAGGAGAUACGGGUGAGAAUAUUUCUGGAAUAUAUGCACCUGGGACCUGAAGCGCUUUGAAACAAGAUAACCCUACUUCACCUCUACACUCUAUUUUUGACGUAGGACUACGUCUUUCAUUUCUAUACAGGGGUGUAAAACCAAAGUUUCGAGAACGAAAGCGUUACGCUGGAGACCGAGAUUUUGAGCGUUAAUAGCUCUUAAACAACUGAACGAAAUGGUAUGAUAAACACUUCAUUUGAAAGAUAAAAUGUCUACGCGUCAUAUACUUGUUACUUUUUGAUCCAAAAACUUGUUUCAAUAGUCUUAAAAUUGCUUUCAAAACAGGCUAUUGAAAUCACCAAUCGGUAUAUAAGCGAGCGCCGCUCGUAAACCCACUCAGUUAUGAUUGAACAGCGAUUGGAGAAUGUUGUCGCUGUUGUUGUGAAGCUAAUUUCGUUUAUCAUGAAAACGCUGAUGAACGGUGUCACCAAGAGCCUGUUUGUGCACCUAAGGCCAAAAGGGAAUCCAUCAGGAGGAGAGUGAUGCCACGGUUCCGCUUGAAACAUCGGAGCAGCCGCCACACACACACACAUACACACAUACACGCGCGGAAUUCUCGUUGCUAUCAUCGUUGCUGAAAAAUAAUCUGCCAGUUCCCCUGGGAAUUGAAAAAUACAUUCAUGCGAAAGAGUUUAUUUUAAUGUUUUCUAUCCAUAUAACACUGCAACCAAAUACAUUUGGUUUUGUUAUUUUUCAAUCAAUCGCAAUUAACAGGAAAGCUUCUGAAUAUUUUUUUUCCCCAUCAGUGGAAAUUUUCGUAUCCAAUAUUGGAUGCAUAACAUGAAAAACGGAAAAUGUUUCACAUCGCGAAAAUCAAGUCAUUUUCGAGCGAUUAUUUGCUUUCUACUCAUAUAAUGCUGCGACCAAAUACAUUUCGUUUUGGAUUUUUUCAAUCAAGUGCGAUCAACGUAAGAAUGUAAGAAUGUAAUGAACGUAAGAAUGCGAAUGUCUUUCGGCAAUUUAUUAGAGGUGCAAUGAAUCUUUAGGAAUUCCCGCUCUACGCGCACUGGCAAACAAUGUUUACUCAACAAUUUCUCAAACGAGAAAUGGGUGUUGUGAGAAAGGAUUAGCGAACGCGAAAACGACAAACGGGAGAAAGAUACGUUUGGAGGUUGAAGGAAAUUGGCAGAAAACUUCUUUAUUCUAUCAUUCAUAUAAUGUGAUUCAUACCACAUCGUUUUGCCAGAAAGAGAUUAUUAAUGUUCAAAGGAGGAAUCGAGUCCUCCGAGGAAAUUACCCAGCGCAAAUUAGAGUCGACUAUCGAUUGCGGCAUUCGUACAAAAAUAAUUUUAUAAUGCAGUUUCACCAAAGUGAUUUCUUCGGAUAUAUUCACUACAUCAUGUCAUGUAUUUCAUAUUCUUCAUUAAGAAAUCCAUAUCCAUGGCACCUAUCGGUAACGAAUUAUUAUCGAAACCACGAUUUUCGCUAAAUGCUCCUUUCAGUUCGGCCUGUAAAAAACUUU